CACCUUACUCAACAGAGUCUGGCAUCAGCUUUUUUAUGCGCUUUUGCUUUCCCCUUUGCUUUCUUUUACUCACCGGUCACCACUCAAUUAUUGUGUUUGGCAAAAAAGUCUGCAUCUGGGUCCACCACCAUCAAUGAUUCCUUCAAGUUCAAGCCCUUGGCAAAAGAGACCAGUCUUUACUCUUUACUUUGCUGUUUGCUGCUGUGAUUCUGCAUUCCGCUUACCUUCAUUUUUCCUGUAUUCAAUCUCGCUGAAUUCCUUUUGCAAUGGCGGACGCACUCCUCUCGGCUUCUCUUCAAGUUCUAUUCGAAAGGUUGGCUUCUCGGGAGCUCGCCAAGUUCAUCUGGGCACAAAAGCUCAGCCCUGACCUCCUCAACGAGUUGAAGAGGAAAUUGGUGGUUGUCCACAAAGUGCUCAAUGAUGCGGAGAUGAAGCAAUUUUCAGACCCACUAGUCAAAAUGUGGCUGGUCCAAGUUAAGGAUGCUGUGUAUCAUGCGGAGGACCUGUUGGACGAGAUCGCUACUGAAGCCUUGCGGUGCGAGAUCGAAGCUUCUGACUCCCAAGCUAGCGGAACUCAUCAGGCGUGGAACUGGGAAAAGGUCUCUGCUUGGGUUAAGGCUCCAUUUGCCAAUCAAAGCAUGGAGUCCAGUGUGAAGAAGAUGAUUGCUAAGCUUGAAAAGAUUGCUGAAGAAAAAGAGAAGCUUGGGCUGAAAGAAGGUGAGGGCGAUAAACUGUCACCAAGGCCACCAACCACUUCUUUGGUGGAUGAGUCCUCUGUGGUGGGCAGGGAUGGAAUCAAAGAGGAGAUGGUGAAGUGGUUGCUUUCUGAUAAGGAAAAUGCAACAGGCAACAACAUAGAUGUGAUGUCCAUAGUGGGCAUCGGCGGCAACGGCAAGACCACACUCGCUCAGCUUCUCUAUAACCAUGACACGGUCAAGCAACACUUCCACUUGAAAGCAUGGGUCUGUGUUUCCAGUCAGAUUUUUCUCAUCGAGGAGGUGACAAAAUCAAUUCUCAAGGAAAUCGGUUCUGAAACUAAACCUGAUGACACCCUAAAUUUGCUUCAGCUUAAACUCAAAGAGAGAGUAGGUAACAAGAAAUUUCUUCUUGUUCUGGACGACGUCUGGGAUAUGAAGCCUAAUGAUUGGGAUGACCUACGAAAGCCACUCCUCACUGCAGCAGAGGGAAGCAAGAUCGUUGUGACUAGUCGUAGUGAAACUGCUGCAAAAAUCAUGCGAGCAGUCCGUACUCAUCAUUUGGGGAUAUUAAGCCCUCCAGAGAGUUGGUCCCUAUUUACAAAACUUGCAUUUCCAAACGGAGACUCCAGGGCUUAUCCAGGGCUUGAGCCCAUAGGGAGAAAGAUUGUGGACAAGUGCCAAGGAUUGCCUUUGGCUGUUAAAGCACUCGGAAGCCUCUUGUACUACAAGGCCGAAAAAAGAGAAUGGGAAGAUAUUUUGAAUAGCGAAACGUGGCAUUCCCAAACUGAUCAUGAAAUUCUUCCGUCUCUUAUAUUGAGUUAUCAGCAUCUCUCUCCUCCUGUGAAGCGUUGUUUUGCUUACUGUUCAAUUUUUCCCAAGGACUAUGAAUUCCACAAAGAGAAGCUGAUUCUAUUAUGGAUGGCAGAAGGGUUUUUACACUCAGGACAAAGUAACAGAAGAAUGGAAGAGGUAGGUGAUUCAUAUUUUAAUGAACUUUUAGCGAAGUCAUUUUUUCAAAAAUGUAUUAGAGGAGAAAAAUCAUGCUUUGUAAUGCAUGAUCUGAUACAUGACUUGGCUCAACAUAUCUCCCAAGAAUUUUGCAUUCAAUUGGAAGAUUGUAAGCUGCAAAAAAUAUCUGAUAAGGCUCGCCAUUUUCUCCACUUUAAAAGUGACGAUGACUGGGCAGUUGUGUUUGAAACUUUUGAGCCUGUUGGUGAAGCCAAACAUCUCAGAACAAUCUUAGAGGUGAAGACAUCACGGCAUCUUAGUUAUUCGUUGAGUACAAGAGUUUUACAAAAUAUAUUACCAAAAUUUAAAUCUCUGCGGGUGUUGUCAUUGUGUGAAUACCGCAUAACAGAUGUGCCUGAUUCAAUACACAAUUUAAAACAGUUGCGUUACUUGGAUCUCUCUGUAACAAUGAUUAAAAGAUUACCUGAAUCAAUAUGUUGUUUGUGCAAUUUGCAAACGAUGAUGCUGAGUAAAUGUUACUUUCUUCUUGAAUUGCCUUCGAAAAUGGGGCAGUUGAUUAAUUUGCGCUAUCUUGAUAUUAGCGAGUCUAAUUCAUUGAAAGAAAUGCCACAUGAUAUAGGUCAAUUAAAAAGUUUGCAGAAAUUGCCUAAUUUUAUUGUGGGCAAAGAAAGUGGAUUCAGAUUUGGAGAAUUGUGGAAGCUUUCAGAGAUUCGAGGAAGACUUGAAAUUUCAAAAAUGGAGAAUGUGGUGGGUGUUGAGGAUGCAUUGCAGGCGAAUAUGAAGGAUAAGAAAUACCUUGAUGAGUUAUCCUUGAAUUGGAGUCACGGGAUUAGUCAUGAUGCUAUACAAGAUGAUAUUCUCAACAGGCUAACACCUCAUCCAAAUUUAAAAAAACUGUCCAUUCAACGCUAUCCUGGUCUAACAUUUCCAGAUUGGCUUGGAGAUGGAUCAUUUUCAAAUCUCAUGUCCCUUCAGCUUUCGAAUUGUGGGAAUUGCUCAACAUUGCCGCCACUGGGGCAGCUACCUUGUCUUGAACAUAUAAAGAUCUCAAAAAUGAGUGGAGUAGUGAUGGUGGGUAGUGAGUUUUAUGGGAAUUCUUCUUCCUCGCUUCAUCCCUCCUUCCCAUCCCUGCAAACUCUAUCAUUUGAAGAUAUGUCCAAUUGGGAGAAAUGGUUAUGUUGUGGAGAAUUCCCUCGUCUCCAGGAGCUUUCUAUAAGGCUAUGUCCAAAACUCACUGGGGAAUUACCAAUGCACCUUUCUUCAUUGCAGGAACUUAACCUUAAAGAUUGUCCGCAACUACUUGUGCCUACACUCAACGUUCCUGCUGCCCGUGAAUUGCAGUUGAAAAGGGAAACUUGUGGGUUCACAGCUAGUCAAACUUCAAAAAUUGAAAUUUCAAACGUCUCUCAGUUGAAGCAACUUCCACUGGUACCCCACUAUCUCUACAUUAGAAAAUGUGAUUCUGUGGAGUCUCUACUAGAGGAGGAAAUCCUGCAAACCAACAUGUACAGUUUGGAAAUUUGUGAUUGCUCUUUUUACAGAUCCCCAAACAAAGUUGGCUUACCCACUACAUUGAAAUCGUUAUCAAUCUCUUAUUGUACCAAAGUGGACCUUCUUCUACCUGAGUUGUUCAGAUGCCAUCACCCUGUUCUCGAAAAUCUAUCAAUCAAUGGCGGUACCUGUGAUUCUCUCUCGUUGUCCUUCUCAAUAUUGGACAUCUUCCCCAGGUUGACUGAUUUCGAAAUAAAUGGUCUUAAGGGGCUUGAGGAGCUCUGCAUCUCGAUUUCAGAGGGGGAUCCCACAUCCACAUCUCUUCGUAGAUUGAGAAUUGAAGGGUGCCCUAAUCUUGUAUACAUCCAACUCCCCGCUCUCGAUUCGAUGUGCCCUGAGAUUUGCAAUUGCUCCAAGCUCAGAAUCCUCAGAGUGCUGGCGCACACCCAUUCAUCUCUGCAGAAACUGCGUUUACAGGAUUGUCCAGAAUUGUUGUUGCACAGGGAGGGUUUGCCUUCCAACCUACGGGAACUUGGAAUAGGGCGCUGCAACCAACUCACGUCACAGGUGGACUGGGAUUUGCAAAGACUGACCUCUCUUACUCAUUUCACAAUCGGACGUGGAUGUGAAGGCGUGGAAUUAUUUCCCAAGGAGUGUCUGCUGCCCUCUUCUCUAACUUAUCUUUCAAUCUGGGAUCUUCCAAAUCUCAAGUCUCUUGACAACAAGGGGCUUCAACAACUCACCUCUCUUCGAGAAUUAUGGAUCAAUAACUGCCCUGAGCUCCAAUUCUUGACAGGAUCUGUUCUUCAACGCCUUAUUUCUCUCAAGCAAUUACGAAUCUACUGUUGCGGAAGGCUCCAAUCCUUGACAGAAGCGGGUCUUCACCACCUCACCACUCUUGAAACCUUAAUUAUCGUCAACUGCCCUAAGCUCCAAUACUUGACAAAAGAGAGACUGCCAGACUCCCUCUCUUAUCUGGAAGUCAGAGGGUGUCCUUCACUGGAACAACGGCUCCAAUUCGAGAAAGGGGAAGAAUGGCGUUAUAUAUCUCACAUUCGAAAAAUAGAUAUCGAUGAGGUGCUAUUUUAAUGGGAGUGGCAGUGCACCAACAGAUGGGCAGAUGAAGGGGGGGAGCAGAGAAGAAUGUGGUACAUGAGCUAUUGACAAGCGAAAUCGAGUUCCAGAGGGAACAUAACCCCAUGAUCUUGUAUAUAUGAAAUUGCCCUCUCUCAACUCCAGAAAUAGUGAUCAAUGGUCUGUUAUUUUAAUGAAAGUGGUACUGCAUCAAUAUACAGUCAGGUAAUUUGUUCUAUGCUUAAACUUAUUUUCUUUAAAAAAGUUAUGUUCCAAUUCAAAAAGUAGCUGGCCAAGUACUCAUGUUUCAAAUUUUCUAACAAUCUCUAUAGUUGCAUGUCUCUAUAACUCAUUUUCUAGUCUUCUUAUUGGGAAUUUGGUUAUGCAGCAUGCUCUGUCCUAUCUUUAUUUUUUGUUUUUUUUUUUUAAAGAAUUUUCUAAUGAAGUAAAGAAGAGUAAAGAAAGAUUGAUCCAUGGUAAUUCAUAUUUUAAAGAUGCCAGUUAUCAUAUUUUCAUGACGCCAUCAAUUUACUUUUCGGAAUGGGAAGAGAUGACUCUUAGCUACUUCUAUGUUUAUCCUCUGUAAAAACAUGUGGAUACAUUUUUAGGUAAUUCAUGGUUAUUGAAAUAUGUAUUGAAUCUUACCCACAUCAUAAUAUGUACUUAGUUGGCUACAUAUGUAAUGUACAUGUUGUGACUUUGCUCCCUUCGAUAUCAAAAUAAAUUGAUCACUACUUUUUCUUUUCUGUGUCUCAUUUUAAGUAACAAGGAUCAGCAUAGAAGACUUACUAUGAGAACAACGUUUGAUAUGACCAUGGAAAAAAGUAUGAGGAAAGUUCGUUUUGAGAGCAUAUUUGGCUAUUAGUCAAGCUGGACUAGCCUGUAACUCAAUUCCAUCAACCAACGUCAAUGGUAUCAACUAUGGAUGGCCCUUGCUUGGUUGGGUCAAGUUACAAUCAGACUCAAGUAUGUUCACAUGGCAAUUACUAAUAACAAUUGCAGUGCAGCUGCAAGUGGUUGUGGCAGCAGGAUUUGUGGAUUCAACAGCUAUUGUAUUGUUUGAUGGGGAGAGGGGGUUGUUCAAAUGUGAGUGCCUGUGUAGGCAUUCUUUCUUGGCUCCAGAUUUUAAAGACCAAAUUUUCCAAUGACCAGUUGCCAAGCAGGUGAAGGGGAAGCAGAGAAGAAUACAGUAGAGUUCAUAGAAUUAAACAACACAGACUGGCAAAUCUCCAAUUAUGAACUUUGGAUUGGACGGAUUGUUGACAAGGAGAAGUUUUAAAGAGUCUUGUGAAGAGGAUUGUUUCUGUGCAGUAGCCAUUUAUAUAGACAAUGUGUUGGCAGAAGAGAUUCAUUCUCUCCUGUGGAAGACAGAGCAAAAGGCUUGCAGACAGGCCCAGAUAAGUCUACCUUGAUUCUUGUUGGGUCACUACUCCUUGGCAGCUCAGUGUUCUUCAAUCUCUUUGUGUGGGUUAGCUAUAGCCGGGCUGCUGUCUUCUGAUACUGUAAGAAACUGAUCAGUCUCCAGUUUGUUUCAAGCAUACUGGGGACUAAGGAGUAACAUCUGCAGGCACUUAUUCCCUAGGCAGUUGAUGCUACUUCUCUGAAUAAAUUUCGAAUUUUUCUCUUUUAAUUUUUAUCAAUGUACUUGUUCCUAUACUGUCAGUUUGUACCCACAUUAUGACAUUGACACCCUAAGGAAAAAUUUAAAAAAGUAGCAUAAUCUUGUUACCUUCUAUGUAACAUGCCAUCUUAGAAGAUGAUUGAUCAUAUUAAUUAUUUUUUUUACAGGGGCUAAUUAUGUUCUAUAUGCAAUUAGUGAACAUGAAUUACCAAACAAUAAUUUGGUAUGCAGAUAAAAAAGUGGUAGAAGGGUACAAAGAUUGAACUCACAAAAAAUGGGGAGUUGAAACUCGCUGACAAAGGAGGAUAUGAGCUGCAGAGAACAUAGUCGGCUGUUAAAGGGCCGGGGUUACUCAUGCUGCCAUGCUCGACAAUGGUAACUUUGUUCUUGAGAGUGAAGUGGAGUUGCCAAGCAGAUGAAGAUGAAGCGAAGAAAGCGAAGGAUGAAGUGGAGUUGAAAGAAUUAAACAACACAAAUUGGCUGAGCAGGAGAAGUGUAAAGAGUCAUGUAAAGAGGAUUGCUUCUGCAAAGUAGCCAUUUAUAGAGACAAUGUGUUAGAAGAAGAUUUCCUCUUUCAUAUGGAAGACGGAGAGGAAGCUCUAAUGGAUUGAGAUUGUGAACUGUUUGUGCAAAGGAAGUUCGAGAAGUUGGUGGAAGAUGAUGAGGAUGCAAAUUAUGAAUGAUAUGAAGAGGUUGGAGAGGCUAGUGAUGGUGUCCAUUUGGUGCAUUCAGGAGGAUUCAACUCUAAGGCCAACCAUGAGGAAGGUUACACAAAUGCUGGAGGGUGUAGUUGAAGUUUCUGUGUUCCCACGGGCUUUUGGAAUUUCUUUCUAUUCAUCUUGAAACAUUGCCUUUUUAUCAUUUGUACGAAAAUACAUUCUUUUCACCUAACAUGAGUUCAAAUAAAAUGAGAGAAUAAUAUA